AUGUCGACCAUCACCGCGGAUCAGUUGUCGGCCAUCGGGCGAGUGCUCAACGACGCCAACCGACCCAUAGGACAGCGAUUCCGGGCGUUGUUUACCUUAAGAAACAUCGGCGGCACCGGUAGUGUCGACCAGAUCUGCGAGUGUCUGCUGGCGGACGAGUCGGCGCUUCUGAAGCACGAGUGCGCCUACUGUUUGGGUCAGAUCCAGGACACGCACGCCAUCCCUGUCCUCAACCGAGUGCUCGCCAACACCGCAGAGCACCCGAUGGUCAGACACGAGGCGGCGGAAGCGCUGGGAGCUAUCGGUGACCGGCAAUCGCUGGACGUCCUAAAGGUACGUAUCGAUUGUGUGGACCUUUCGGUGACUUCUGUGGCUAAUUGUCUGUCUUCUUAUGUCCAGAAAUACUUGAACGACAGCAACAAAUCCGUGUCCGAGACGUGUUCACUAGCGAUACAACGGAUUGAGUACUUGUCGGAUGAGACCAAAGAGCGGGUGAUGGACACAUCUGUGCCAUUCAAGUCGGUAGAUCCGGUGCCAGCCGUCCGGUGCGAUGAGACAGACAUCGGCAAACUGGAGGCGCUGCUGACGGACGCCAACAAUGACCUGUUCUCGCGAUACCGAGCGAUGUUUGCCUUAAGAAACCUGAAUACGGAUGCGUCGGCCCGAGCGCUGGCCAAUGGGCUCCAGUGCCCCGACUCGGCCCUAUUCAGGCACGAAGUGGCCUACGUUUUGGGUCAGAUGCAGAAGCCGUGUACUGUCGCCCAAUUGGCCGCCAAUUUGGCUGAUUUUGGCGAGAAUGAGAUGGUUAGACACGAGUGCGCCGAGGCGUUGGGCAAU